UUGAACGGUCCUCCCUGCGAAUUUGCAGCUCACGAACUUGCCUUCUGCGACGAUGCGGCUUGCCUUGCUGAAUUUUCUGAUUUUGGCGGUCGUGCUCGGCGCCACUGAUGGCGACGAUAAGAAUUAUACCGUUCGCUAUGUCGACGACUGCGACGAAAAGUACAAAAAAUUCGGGGAUCAUUACAUGUGCAUGGAUGACCAGUGCUACGGCGCAGUUGAGAGAAUGCCUUCCUCACUGGGUGAGAUUCCACGGAUUGCCUUUGUCGAUGCAGUCAAUAGAUUUCGAUCCGCUGUGGCACGAGGACUCUACCCUUUGACCCCACCCGCCAAGAACAUGAAAGAAUUGCGGUGGAACGAUGAACUAGCCAAGUUUGUUCAGAAGAUAACUGACAGCUGCGAAGAAUAUGACGGUGCUCACUCCACAUGGAUUUCAAUAGACGGCGUCGAAGCUGAUAUUAGCUUAUUGGUUUUCUUCUUCAAUAACAGCGUCGGCGGAAUUCAUGAAAACCCUGUAUUGGCUGAUGACGGAGCUAUUUGGUCCUUUAGAAAUCGCAUGCAAAAAAACGGUCGUCCACUCUAUAUGAGUCCAAAAUUAAUUGCAAACAGGAACCCUGAAAUGAAGUCUCGUCUCGGUAACGCAUUGAAUGCUAGAGCUGAGUAUGUAGGGUGUGGACUUGCAUUUUUUAUUUACACGGCUGAGGACAAAAAUGACAAGAACGUCGUACGAAAUCUCUCAAACUCAUAUUUUAUGUGCUAUCUGUUCCCUGGGAUAAACCACGGUUCUGGAGAGCCAUACUACGAGAUCGGUGAUCCCGAAUGCGAAGUGCCGUCUCUCUACUACGAAGGCCUCUGCUCGACUCAAGAGAAAAACAAAAUGGAGUUGAAACGUUUACCCUGCGAUGACGAAGACUUCGCCAUGCGCGAAAACAAUUCAAUCUACUGCAGAGGCGAGCAAUUCUUCUACGACUACGUAGACGAAGCCAUUCCUUAUCCGUACGUCAAGUGCGACGUGCUCAAACACAAGAUUCGCUUCUGGCUGCUGGUGGCAAUGACGGUGCUGCUCUACGCGUCAAUCUUCUACAGGCUGUUCGGCAGAAUUCUCCGCAUGGUGUUCGCGCCCAUCAAGAUUUUCUUGGUUUGA